UUCGGUGUCUCUCUCAGGUAUCUCCACGCUGGCGAACAAACCAACGCAGGCCAGUGACUACCUCCAUCCUCUCCUCAGCUUCGCUGCUGCUCACGUCCCAAAGAACAAACACAAAGAGACGCCGCUCUACAUCCUCUGCACCGCUGGCAUGAGGCUGCUGCCGGAGAGCCAGCAGGCGGCCAUCUUGGAGGACCUGGUCACUGACGUUCCUCUGGAGUUUGACUUCCUGUUCUCGCGCUCUCAUGUUGAGGUGAUCUCUGGGAAACAAGAAGGAGUGUACGCGUGGAUUGGCAUUAACUUUGUGUUGGGCCGCUUCGAUCACGCUGAUGACGAGGACGCCACAGUCGAGGUGACGACGGGCUCUCAGAACCAGCAGCCAAUCAGCAGGCGGCGCACAGUGGGCAUCAUGGAUAUGGGUGGAGCCUCGCUGCAGAUCGCCUAUGAGGUGCCCGGAGCCAUCACCUUCAGUUCACCACAGGAAGUAAGAAAGUGCAGCGAGACGUCUGUUACUGGAGGAGUUUACUGUUAUCUUCAUACUUUCACAUGCACAUGAACUAUUAA